AUGUCACAACCGCUGCCACCUCUCGCUUCACGCACUGCGCCCAGGAACAUCGAGGAAGUCUCCAAGCGCAAGCAGCCCAAGAGUCGCAAUGGCUGUAUCACCUGCAAGGCAAGGCGCAUGAAAUGCGAUGAGUCGAAGCCGACAUGUCAGCAAUGCAACCGCCGUGGAGUCCCCUGUGGUGGCUAUCCGAAGUACCUCAGGUGGAAGUCAGUCGGCCCAAGCAAAGACGAUGGCCUACCUCAACUGCCGCAGGUCCACAUGAUACCGGCGGAGGGCCAAAUUACCAUUCAACCCGUGGAGAGUGAUAUUUCGACUUUGCAUAACAUCCGAUCUGCACCAUCACAUCAGCAAUCCGAACAGAGGUCUAGAAAGAUCAUCAGGUCUUCUACUGACGAAACUACGGGAACGCAGCUAUCAUUCAACAAGACUGCCGUUAUCGAGCGGAGGGAACCGAUUCCAGAUGUCGAUUGCGAUGACGACGAUCCCAGUAUAAGCGGCGGAGGCAGCGUAGGGUUGCCAAAGGUUCAACAGCUGCUGAGUUUGCCAUCUCUCGUCGAGGCCGGUCGUCUUCUGUCAACUCCGGGUACGGAUGAUAGUCCAUACCAAUCGUCACCCUUCAAUAUUUUCGCGCUUCAGGGAGACGGCGGAAGUCUGCAGUUCGAUGACAGCGAUUGGAAUACGUAUGGGCUUGAAGGUCUGUUUCGAGGGACAGAUGUAGCGUGGGAGCCCGGUACUGGCCUUGUGACUCUGGAGCAGCACGAGUUCGAGCUCAGCAACGAUACAGCUCGUGCAUCGCUAACGGCGCUGUCCGACGGCGUUCGCGGGAAUGGUAUACAACUACCCACCCAGGAGACACAGGCUGCGACUAUCACCCGAGAAACGAUACAGCAGCUGUUCGAAAAUCGAACUUGCGGUAUUCUCUCCAUCAAAGAAGACCAGACGAGGAACCCAUGGCGGACAUUGGUCUGGCCACUGGCUACUCACUGUACUGCACUCUACCACGCGCUUGCUGCAAUGGCUUGUCUUCACACAUGCAAGCUCCAGCCCCAGUUCCGGCUCCCAGGAUUACAGCAUUUUGAGCACAGCAUGAAAUCAUUGAAUGACAACAGCAACAUGCCACUGGAGAAAAUUGUCGCCACCAGGUUGGCGUUGGCGCUCGCCGCCUCAUGGGAUCAUGAGAAGUCGUCAACCGUCAUCGACCAUACCAAUGCAGCAAGAAUACUGAUCCGACAAGCGAGCGACAAGGAACGGAUAUCAGAGCUGCUUCCCACCGGAUUGAGCCGUCUAAGCUUUUUUGCCAACACAUGCCUAUAUAUGGAUGUCAUCGCUCGUCUGACGUGCGUCGAUCCCCAGAGCUCGCACGAUUCCGAGUUUAUGGCAGCUUGCAGUAUGCUAAGCAGCUCAAUCCCAAGCAAACAACAGCUUGACCCACUCAUGGGUUGCGCAAUAACACUAUUUCCUCUAAUCGGCCGCUUAGCAGAACUUGUUGGACGCGUUCGAAAGCGAACCGAGAGGCGCAAUUCUCCGACCAUCAUAUCGAAAGCCAUCGAGUUGAGAAUGGCGAUAGAAGGAUGGGUCCCGCUGAUAACCUCGCAGGGGCCGGUCGGAGUCAACACCAGUCUUGCGGAUUCGAUACAAACGGCUGAAGCAUAUCGAUGGGCGUCCCUUCUUCUUCUGCGGCAAGCGGUACCUGAGCUUCCGUGGGCACAUUCGUUCUGGGAGCUGGCAUCGAAAAGUCUAGUCUUCCUUGCUACAAUUCCACUUUCGUCACGCACUACGAUUGUACAGACUUUCCCUCUGCUGUUGGCUGGAUGCGAGGCUACCGGGGACGAUGAUAGAGACUGGGUACGUGAGCGCUGGAGUCUUAUGUCCAGAUGCAUGAUUGCUGGGAUUGUUGACCGAUGCAAAGAGAUCACGACCGAGGUCUGGCGUAGGCGGGACGAAUAUGAAAUACGCCAUGGACUGCGUUCCAGGUCUCACUACAAUUCACCAUCAACAGGAGAACGCAACCCUUCCAGGGCUGGUCAGACGCCCGACAUUAGUGCCCAGGAGCCUGCGUUGCAAGAAGCAAAGUGUUCCGACCCAGACGCAUUACCUUCCGCGGAACACCUGGAUUUCCCGGACAGUGCUGCCUUCAAGAAGGGCAUAGAUCCAGUGACGAGAGCUGGUCACUUACACUACACUGUGAAAGGCCAUCUGCACUGCUUCGGCGUCAUGAAGGAUUGGGAUUGGCAUGGUAAGCUGCCUGUCUACUCUUCGCGCUGA